AUGGCUACCGUGACAUCUUCCUUUGUGAUAUUGCGCCAUUUUGAACGUUACCCCCUGACCUCGCAACUCAUCCAGGAGAACAAGAUUCCGGAGUUCGACAACCUCUACGUCGACUUCAAUGGCAUCAUCCACAACUGUUCGCACCCCAAUGAUGAGGACGCCCACUUUCGAAUGUCCGAGGAGCAGAUCUUCACCGCUAUAUUUGCCUAUGUCGACCACUUGUUCGGCAAGAUCAAACCGAAGAAGCUGUUCUUCAUGGCAAUUGACGGUGUUGCACCUCGAGCAAAGAUGAACCAACAGCGGAGCCGUCGGUUCAGGACAGCAAAGGAAGCGCGGGAGGUCAAGGAAAAGGCGGAGAGGAAAGGGGAGAAGCUCCCGGACACAAAGGCAUUCGACAGCAACUGUAUCACUCCUGGCACGGAGUUUAUGGCACGGCUAUCGGCGCAAUUGAAGUAUUUCGUGAAUAAGAAGAUCACGGAGGAUGCGAACUGGCGGGGCGUUACCGUCGUGUUGUCAGGGCACGACGUCCCGGGAGAAGGCGAACACAAGAUUAUGGAGUACAUCCGACUAUCGAGGGCGCAGCCGGAGUACAACCCAAACGUGCGACACUGUUUGUACGGCCUGGAUGCCGACCUCAUCAUGCUGGGUCUGCUGAGCCACGACCCCCACUUCUGCCUCUUGCGAGAGGAGGUGAAGUUUGGUCCUGCCUCGAAGCACAAGGGCAGCAAGAGCCUUGAGAGUAUCAACUUCUAUCUACUACACCUUGCACUAAUGCGAGAGUACCUCGACUUGGAGUUCCGCGAUAUCGAGCCCAUGCUCCCAUUCCCAUACAGCUUAGAGCAUGUGAUAGACGACUUCAUCCUGCUCGCGGUCUUCGUGGGCAACGACUUCCUACCCAACCUGCCCGACCUACACAUCCACGAGAACGGUCUCGAGAAGCUGUUCGACGUGUAUAAGAAGGCAUUGCCUGGCCUAGACGGAUACAUUAACGAGGAUGGCACGAUCAACACGAAGAGGCUGCAGGUCAUUCUGGACGAGAUGGCGGAGUGGGAGCGCGAGGUGUUUGAGAAGGAGUUCGCGGAUCUCAACUGGUACAAGGGGAAGCAAGCGAAGCACGUGAAGGAGAUGGACAUUGCGAGGAAGCGGAACAAACUUGUCUUGACGUCGGCGCAGCGCAGAAUAUUCGAUCAGGUGAAGGCGUUCGUGUUGGAGCGAAGGAAGCUGUCAACGGCGGGGCCUUUGAGGAUGGUCAACGACUUCCCUGCACGAGACAGGGAGUUUAUUGCCCGGCUGGCGGAUGAGCUACACCUGUCGGUCGCGUGGGAUGAGUACGACGCGGAGGACAGGAAUCUCGUAACAUGGCGUUUCCCCGGAGAGCUGGAGGAGCCAUUGCCGGAGAACGGGAAUGGGGCGGUCAAGGACGAAGGAGAAGGGGAUGAAGGAGAAUGGGAGGACGAUGAUGACGAAGAGGCCAGGGAAGCCGUGGAUCGCGUUCUCAACAAGUACGCGAAGGCCAAGGUGGCGGAGGAUGACAAGGAUGGGGACUUCGACGCUCGGUACGAGCUGUCGAUCAGGGACAAGAUGGACGAGUGGAAGAGGGGAUACUACAAGGGGAAGCUGGAAUUUUCGUAUGACGAUCCGAAGGAGAUGGGGGAUCUCAUCUAUCGAUAUGUGGAAGGCCUACAGUGGGUGAUGCACUACUACUACAGCGGUGUUGCAUCGUGGAGUUGGUUCUACAACUAUCACUACGCUCCGCGCAUCUCAGAUCUCAAGGGCGUCGACAAGAUGACCUUUAAUUUCAAAUUUGGCAAGCCUUUCCGGCCGUUUGAACAGCUCAUGGGCGUACUCCCAGAAGCGAGCAAAGAACUCAUCCCUCCCGCCUACAGGGAGCUGAUGUACGACCCUUCGUCCCCAAUCCUGGAUUUCUAUCCCACCGAGUUCGAACAGGAUCUCAACGGUAAGAAGCAGGACUGGGAAGCUAUCGUCAAGAUUCCGUUCAUCGAAGAGCAGCGACUAUUGAAGGCAAUGGGAUCGCGGGAAGGCCGUCUGACAGAAGACGAGAGGAGGCGCAAUGCGUUCGGAACGAGUACCAAGUUCACAUACAACCCUGGCGAGCCGACCGUGUACCCGUCGUCGCUUCCUGGCUUCUUCCCCACGCUGCACCGCUGCCAGUGCACGAUGGAGCCCUUCGACCUGCCCACGCUCAACGGCCUCCACCUCGUCAAGGGUCUCUGCGAUGGCGUCUUCCUCGGCGCACAAGCUCUCGCUGGCUUCCCAUCCCUCCAGACCCUCCCGCACACAGCCGCGCUCGGUCACCACGGCGUCAACGUGCACGGCUCCGAGAGCCGGAACAAGUCCAUGGUCGUACACAUCGAGAACACGUACGAGCACCGGAAGUCCGAGGACAUCGCGCACGAAAUAAUCGGACAGCGGACGUUCGUCAACUGGCCGUUCCUGCAGGAGGGCCUCGUCACCGCCGUCUCGGACAACCUGUUCAAGUACGAGAAGAUCUCCGUCAUACCGGGCAAGCCGGAGAGGGUCAUCUCGAACCCGCACAGCCAGCAGGGCUUGGGGCUGUGGAAGUCCAAGUCGGAGAAGAUCGAGACAUACUACUCGAAGCGCUGUGGCGUCAUUACCGGCACUGUUGACGUGCUUCUCCAUGUUCGCCCUCUCAAAGGGCUGAAGCGUUUGGACACUGGCGCGUUUGUCAAAGACUACGAAGGACCCGAGAAGGAGGUAGAGCAAGCCGUCCAGAUGGCCGUUUCGGGAGUCAGCUCGGAGGACCCGCGGUAUAUAGAGAAAGCGCCGCCUCCACUCCGCGAGGAAUUCCCUGACGGUAGCAAAGUGUUCUUCUUGGGCGAGCACGCGUUCGGUGUGGCCGCCCAAGUCUCUGCCACUACUGAUGACACGCUGUCCGUGAUCUUGGCGUUCUAUCCGUCGGAAAAGGAGGAGAAGAUGAAGUUCAGGGACAUCGUGGGAAGUCGUGAACAGAACCGGUACUUCCCUUCAUACAAGGUCGGCGAGAUGCUUGGUAUAUCCAACAAGGCGCUCUCCAAGAUCACUGCGAGCUUCAUGGUCAUUACCUCAGAUGGGCAGAAGAACAAUCUCGGUCUCAGCGUGAAGUUCGAGGCGAAGGCGCUCAAGGUCGUUGAGUACUCGCGCAAGAACGACCGUUUCUGGGAGUUUAGUGACAAGACCAUCCAGCUGCUUCACGAGUACAAGGUCACGUAUCCUGAGGUGUUCCGUGUGUUGGACCGGAAUGGCGACGCGAUGGCCAAGGCCUCCGAAAUCUUCAAGAACGUGGAGAACCCCGAUGCCAAGGUUAAGGAGGCCAAAGCCUGGCUGGGCACGAAGGGUGUUCGCGACUUCGAACAGGUUUCCUUAUUCUGUGACCAACUUCCGAAGGUGACCGUCAAAGAGAUUGAACAGAUCACCGACAGUCUGACAGCAAGCAAGGCCUCGAGCAGCUUCAAGAAGGCGAUCGUCAAGAGCAUCCCGCGCCAAGCUGUCCUUAAACCAUCUCACGCUGUCUACCGUCUUCAAAACCAGGCGUUUGCUUUGGGCGAUCGUGUGACGAUGGUCAACGACUCCGGAGGCGUACCGCUGUCGUUUAAGGGAGUUGUCGUUGGGCUGAACGCCAAAUCAAUGGACGUGGUGUGGGAUGCCGCGUUCAUGGCCGGUUCAACACUGGGCGACAGAUGCUCGCAAUACCGUGGAUCGACGGUGGAGUUCUGGACAUGUCUCAACCUCACGACCCCGCAGUUUGUUGCGUCUACCAAUCCCCAAAACCCCACCGCGCAGAAGCCACAGCAGCCGUUCAAUCCUCGUUUUGGCCCGCAUCCUUCUGUCCAACCUGCUCCAGGAAUGCAGCCUGCAGCUGGUUUCCGUCCCGCCGUCACGACGCAACACCGCAAUGGCCCUGGUAACGGCGGCCCUGUUCAAAUUAUGACGAACCCCAACCGUGGACGUGGCGGUCCGCCGACGCGUGGCGCCGCGAAUGGGCACACCAAUGGGCAUACGGCCGACACUCCUCCUGUUCCAGCUCAGGGACAGGCUCACGCGAAUGGAAACGUACCUCCCCGCGGCUCUGGUGUGUCGCGCGGGUUUGCUCCUCGCGGCACCAAUCCUGGCGGUUUCCGGGGACGUGGCUUCGGUGCUCCCAGGGGCGUAUUCAGAGGACGUGGUCGCGGCGCAUACAUCGCCCAGUAG